AUGGCGAUGGAGAUUAAGAAAAUUGAUAAUGUAAUAAAUAAGGAUGUAAGAAGCAUAGAAAUUGAUGAUAAGAUUAUUUUUGAAUCUAAUAAGAGAAUAUAUGCUACAGAUGAAAUUAAUGAUCCAUUAGAACAUAUUGUAAAAGGUCGUCUAGCUAAUAAAAGAUUAAAAUUUAGCAUAGAAAUUUUCAGUAAAAAAGUAAUAAUAAUCUAG